AUAACGAGAAGUUUAAUAACCAAUCUUGAAACCUGUUUUCUCUCUUGAACUCUUCAAUGGCAUCAUCAGAAAUAAAGCAAAUAAUUGGAGAACUAAACAAAGAAUCAUUCGUUGAUCUCUUAACCAAACUCAUCGGAGAAUCCAAGUAUUUACAGAACAACCCACCUGAACUGAUUCCAGAAGAAGACAGGGUUGUGAAUCACUUGCUUGAAAUUCUCUCUCCUCUCUCCACCACUACUGGAGGUGGGCCACUCAUCAUCAACCAUGCUACUUACUAUCCAAAGAGGGGAAACCUCAUUGUUGAGUAUCCGGGUACUCAACCCGGAAAAGUUCUCUCCUUUGUGGGUUGUCAUAUGGAUGUAGUUACCGCUAAUCCUACUGAUUGGGACUUUGAUCCUUUCUCACUGAGCAUCGAUGGUGAUAAACUUAGGGGCCGAGGGACUACAGACUGUCUGGGACAUGUUGCCUUGAUCGCUGAAUUAAUGAAGAAACUAGGGGAGACAAAGCCAAAAUUGAAGUCGACUGUGGUUGCUGUCUUCAUAGCAAAUGAGGAGAACUCCGCGAUAACUGGCAUUGGUGUUGAUGCUCUUGGAAAGGACGGAUUGCUUGAUAAGUUGAAGGAUGGUCCUCUGUUCUGGAUAGACACAGCAGAUAAGCAGCCUUGCAUUGGUACUGGAGGCGUGAUACCAUGGAAAUUACAGGGUUAUGGAAAACUUUUUCACAGUGGCCUUGCACACAAGGGAAUAAAUGCUAUGGAAAUGACAAUGGAAGCACUUAAGGAGAUCCAGUUACGAUUUUACAAAGAUUUCCCUCCACAUCCCCAAGAGGAAGUCUAUGGAUUUGCAACCCCAUCAACUAUGAAGCCAACUCAGUGGACUUAUCCAGGAGGGGGUAUCAACCAGAUCCCUGGUGAGUGUACGAUUUCAGGUGAUGUCAGGCUAACUCCCUUCUAUGACGUAACUGACUGCAUGAAAAAGCUACAAGAGUAUGUUGAUGACAUGAAUUCUAACAUUGAGAAGCUAGAUACUAGAGGACCAGUUUCAAAUUAUGUGCUGCCCGAUGAAAAUAUAAGAGGAAGACUUGUAAUAACUUUUGAUGAGGCCAACAAUGGUGUGGCUUGUGAUCUCAAUUCUCGUGGCUUUCACGUAUUAUGCAAAGCUACUGAAGAAGUUGUUGGUCAUGUUAAACCCUACUCAAUCACGGGAAGUUUGCCACUGAUUCGUGAUCUACAGGAUGAUGGAUUUGAUGUUCAAACAGCAGGCUACGGUCUAAUGGCAACAUACCAUGCCAGAAAUGAGUACUGCCUUCUCUCAGACAUGUGCCAAGGCUACCAAAUUUUUGCUAGCAUUAUUGCACAAUUAGAAGAUUGACCUCUCAGCAAAUCAUGAUUGCCUUACACCUUUUAUGUUUUUUUUAUUAGAGUAGGCGAUUUGAAGAACCAUUCACCACCGAAUUUGUGAAGAUUGGCCAUUUUGGUAAAUCCACUUGGUGUGAGCUCUUCAUCUAGCCUUUUUUUUCUUUUUAUCAAUGCACGAGACACAGAUAUACCAGUCACAACUGUUGAAUAACAAUUAUCAGUCUCAAUAAUAAGCUGAUUUUUAUGUGUGGUUGACUUCAA